AUUCACAUCAGUUUGUGUCAAGAGGGAGUGCGUGAUAAUCUCUAAAUUUAUUUCAUUACUCUUCCUUCUAAAUGUUUAAAAAGUAUCUUUGUUGCACUGAUUUCCUGUCGGACAUCUUACCACUUAUUGUCUUUUUGGUGGCUCUUGGCGAUUUUACAAGAUGCUUCGGAAAGAAAAUGCGAUGGCAAACAGAAAUAUUCUAACGUCAUGUAUGUUUAUGGAAUAACACAAAGCAAUGGAAUAAUCCAAAUCAGCCAGAUCGUCUACGUGAUUUGCUGAAAUUAAUAACUAAAAGUGAAAUAGCUAUCAAGUCUUGUACAAAAUGAAUAACACAACAACAAACAAGGAUGCAUUGCUUGAACAGCUUAACAACGAAAAAGCAGUUCUGAUGAUACCUGCUUUUGUGUAUUUGGUGGUUUUAAUGUUGGCUGGAAUAAGUGGCAAUGUUUUAAUUUGCUACUACUACGGUUGGAAGUCAAAAAGAAGUUCAGAUAAUAUGUUUAUUCUCGGAGUGGCGAUGUACGAUCUUAUCUUAUGCACUUUGUCGAUUCCAAUAGAAAUUGUGGACAUAAGAUUUUUCUAUAAUUUCCCUUACGCCGGUGCUUGUAAAGUUAUGAGAUUUGUGAACUACUUUGCGGCAAUUGGCAGUGUCUUUACGCUAAUAGUAAUUGCUAUUGACAGGUAUAGAAAAAUUUGCAGACCAUUCAAGAAGCAGUUCAGAAGUAAAGGGGCUAAAAUAGCAUGUGGAAUUUCUAUUCCGUUUUCGUUGUUACUGUCCUGGCCUGCAGCCAUAUUCUACACGUCUGUACCUGUGGAUAUAUUGACAGAGGAUGGCAUCGAGCUGCAAGGUAUUGACUGUACAACUACAAGGGAAGCCUCAUACAAGAUGUAUGUGUGGAUUUUCAAUGGAUUUUUUCUUCUUGCUUUCAUAAUUUCGGCCAUUAUUCUUUUUGUGUUGUACGGUCUUGUUGGAAGAGCUAUAUAUAAACACAACAAAUCACAAAUUAAAUACACUCGACCAAAAACGUCAUACUCCCAUACCGUUGAAAGUCAUGUGACCGAUAACAACAGUCCAAAAGUAAACGUAAACAAAAGAAAGACAAGUCGUGAAACAGAAGGUGUCAGUGAAGCUCAUUCUACCGGAAGUGAAAUUCACACUAAAAUUGUUCCUAACAAACCAAAAGAACACGUUAGCGUCAAAACUAUGAAAUUUACAACAGUAAUGUUUGUUAUAACGACAGUAUUUGUUGUUAGCUUUUUACCACACCUGGCUUUGUCGCUCUGGAGAGCCUUCCAAGGCACAUAUGAAGGGGAAUCUCUUUCUGGCGCUGGACUUGUAGCCUUUCAAAUUGGUCUGCGAUCAUAUUUUCUGAAUUCAGCAAUUAAUCCUUUAACCUACGGAUUAUUUAACUCGAAAUUUCGAGCAUUUUUCUACAUGACGUUCUGUUCGUAUUGCAAAAGGUUAACUGAUAGGCGCACGGUUUCCUCGAGUUCUGGUACAACUGCACAGUUUCGAAUGCACUCUCUAACAUCCCACUAAAAUUCUUAUCAGAUACGUUGACAUGUCAUAUUCAUAUAAUACAUGUUAUUAUCAUAGACUAUUAUAUUAUAAUAUAAAAUAAAAUUGAUUAGAGUUUAAAACAGUGUAUAAAAUAUAUGUGUUAUUAUCAUUGUCAUUAUUAUUUUUAUUAUUAUUGUUAUAAAUGAAACUGCGUGUAUCCUUGUCUAUGAUCUUGGCCUUAGGACCUGAAAUUUUUUAUAUGACCAAGGCUUCCAAGGCAGGAUUUCUUCUAAUGAUGCUUAACAUUAUACAUCAGUCUUCGUUAGAAUAUCUGAAAUCGGUAAAAACGAUUCAUGUAUAUCUGAGCCAUGUUUUAAUGCAUGUAUUUUUCUUUUACAUUUUCUUCUUCUAACUUUAAAUGUAUGACGAUUGAAAAAUAAAUUAUAAAAAGUUAAUACUGGUUUAGAUAUAUAAAUGUACACGAAAUUUAUAAGUGUUCUUGUUUGUGACAUUGGCGACCCAUGGACGUGCAAACCUGCCUCUUGCAGACGACGUAACUCACAUGACAUUUUUAAAAGCUAUAUCGUUAUGCCUUUACAGCAGUAUAAAAUGCAAAUCUAAUGGUAAAGUCGUCUUGUGAAUAAUGUUUUAUCUUAAUACUGUCUGUUUUCAUCUACAAACUUAGGGUUCACUUGAACUAGAUUUUGUGUAAAACUUGAUACAAGUACAUAGACAAAGUUAGAUGUAAAAAGAAAUAUGUUCCGAAAUACUGAGUUGAGUCUUUUAGUUACUAAAAUUUAAAGUUCACAAUUUUCAAUAAAACAAAUAAAUGGUUGUAAUUUACCCGGAAGUUAGAAACACGAUAUUGAAAACUAAAGUCGUCUGUUUGUUUGUUUUGGGUUUAACGCCCUUUUUCAACAGUAUUUCAGUCAGGUAACGGCGGGCAGUAAACCUAACCAGUGUUUCUGUGUUCUGUACCAGUACAAACCUAUUCUCCGCAAGUAACUGCCAACUUCCCCACAUGAAUUAUCGGAGGUGGAGGACGAAUAAUUUCAGACACAAUAUCUUUUAUCAAAUCGUCACGGAGAACAUAAGUCGUACUUUACAUAGCCAAUAAAAUGUUAAGCCCAUUAUAAAGGUAGAUAUUGAUAAACAUUUUACAUUAAAAAACUUAUAUAAUUAUAAAAGGUGUCAACAUGAAGAUCGGAAACCAAAACCAGUUUCUCUGGAUCCACCUUUUGAAUUUCUCUUAGGGCUGAGUAAAUGUAACAUAAUAUGCAUAGUAAUUUAUAUAUAAUUACACGAUCAUUUCAACGGUUUAAACAGUUUCUUUUGAUACCUUAUAUGUAUGGGAUUCCUCUUGUGUACGUAACUUUUGUUUUAUUGUCCUGUAAUAUUAAAACUUGGUGGGAGAAUAACAAUGGAUAUUUGUUCACAAUAAACCAGCCCAAAUGUGUAAGUGUUUUACUACUGGCCGUUCCAAGGUGGUGUCUCAUAAUCCUGUAUGCGUGUUUUUGUCCAGGUUGUCAACUUGUUUUCACUUUAUUAAGUAUCGUAUUUACAUAUCCAUUACGGCGACAUCGAUGCACGCGCUGCUCUAGCGUUUUGUUCUAAGUGGAGACACCAUCUCAGAAUGCGACUUUGACUUUUGGAUCUUUGUGUUUAUUUUAAAAUACGAUAUGCCAUUAUACUUUGCAGAAGCUACUUUUGAAGAAAUUCCUUAAUAAAGUAAUAACGUUG